AUGGCUGCAUUAUAUCUUCAUAAUGCGAUAUUUACCCCAGAACCUUCGGACAGUAACUCCCAAAGAUCCUUUGCACAUAGUCGAACUAUCUCCUCUACUACACUUCGAACAACAACUACGGACUACUCACAUCCAACUGAACCUCUACUGCAAUCGACUAAUUCUGGCUCUCUGGCCUAUCAGGAUCUAUUAUCCAGACAACCUGGAUAUCAAGAUGAAGAAAGCGAACAGUGGACUGCUGAACUCUCUCCAGACAACCUCCCCCCUACGUACAAGGAAGGGCAGGACUAUCGGGAGCAUUCGGUACGGAGAAGACUUCGAAUUCUCAAGCGUUCUCGUUUAGUGCUCAAAGCUGUUCUGGCGUUAUGGGCGGUCUAUAACACUGUUCGCUAUUUCAUUGCUUAUACCAUCUACGACUCAUUACAAGGCCAGACAACCGCAAUCGUGCUAGGGACCAGCACCGCUGUGUGUUUUGCUUUUCUCAUUUGCGCAGCAGCCGUGUCCGCAUUCCAACCACAUCUUAUUCGCGCUCACUUUCCCAUUCAUUCACUCCUUGUCAUGCGCGCAGUAUUCCGCUAUCUCGCGGCUUUCUUUUUGGUGUCUCCUGCCAUUGUAAACCUGGCGUUGACCGUGGUCUGGAGAAGCUCUUCAGUCUCCGAACUCAUUCCAGAGUUACGCUGCAGACUAGAUGUUGACGUCGUAUGGUCAAUCAAUACAGGGAUUUGUAAUCGUACGACGCUAGCCGGGUGGUUGGGGCUUUCAAUCUUUCGUCUCAUAUUUACUCUGAUUGUUGUCAUCUUAUUCUUAUUAGUAUCUUCUGCCUACGAUGGUACUCGCCGACCAUCUCAAUCUUCACAGCGUCGCAAACGCCAACGACGUCGCAUGCGAUCCGACCAAUCUUUGCACAAAUCUCCCCCAAUCUCCGCGUCGUCCGAAGUUCCUCUGAACCCCGCUCAACCAAGCCGUCAAUCGCCGCAUUCUCCCGCUGUCUCUUACUCAGAGGGAUAUAAUCGGACUGCCUUCCGAAGUUCCGGGACCUCCUCAAUCUUCAACUCUUCUUCCUCUGAGGACGAUGAGAUUUCCGACUCGACCCGUUUCGAUCCUGUACACAUGCAACCCCGUUCAACACUUUCUUCGACUUCAACCCCUAGCACACAGAAUGAUCGCGAACUCAACAAUUUUGCGGAGCGUUUCCGGGCCCUCGUCUCACAGAUAUCCCAUGAGGCGGAUGAAGCUCUACGGUUCGCUCAAUCAGACGACACAGGUGAAUUAGAGCCUGCACUUCUACCAGGAAACACGUACACGGAUCUUCCUCGUCACGCUUAUGACGAAUUCGUUGGUGGAGAAUAUCCUCCGGACGAUCAUGUCCGUAUUCUCAACGGUUUCGUUAGGCGGAUGCCCACGAUUGAAAGUCUGGGCAGUCGCGAGUUGACCAGUCUUGCGUCAUCUAGAGACCAGCUGCACUCUCUUAGUCGACCGCCCACACGCUCCGUGACCGAAUUCACAGGAAGUGAACCUCCGAGUCGGGCAAACAGUUUGAGCUUGACGGCUGCUAUCGGCGGACAUGGACUUACAUCUACAGAAAUGGGGGAGUUAUUGGAUAAGAUUGAUAAAGAAAAUAAUAGUAUGGGGACAGGGUCGGGAGCGCAGUCUGCUAGUCGAAGUACAUUCUCGUAUUAUACAGCACCUAGCAUUGGAAGGACCUCCGAUUCCCCGGUUCCGCUUACGCCAAGCUCGGAACAGUCCCCUUCUUCCCCCACGUCGGGGCAUUCCUCAUCUCUUUGA